GCCAUCGUUAUUGCCAAACAUGCUUGCCAUUGCUAACAUUCACUGUCUAAUCCCAAGAUUCUUGAAAUGCACCACCUCUCCCUACUUUCUUCAUCAACUUGCCCCCCCUACUUCUAUUUAAACCACUCUCAUUCCUCAUUCCUCUUCAUCAUAACAUUUAUACUCUCUUAAUUAAAACCUUUGCUCUUUUAUAAUCAUCAUCAAUUAUAUUGCAUAUUCUUGUGUGUUCCAAUCAAUUCCAAUGGCCACCGUUGAGGUUGCAACAGCACAGGCUGCACUAGUGGAGGACACAACAAGCGAUGCAUCAUUCAAGGUUGAAAAGGAGCAGCAGCUGGAGAACACCACCUCAACAGAACAGGUUCUUGAGACCACCACACCACCAGCCCCACAAGAACCCUCAGUUGAGGUUACUGACACCAAAGAACAAGAAGAAAGCAAGACUGUAGUAGUAGUCAAGGAAGAAGAGCCCCAAGAAGAAGAAGAAAAAGAAAAAGAAAAAGAAGAAGCUGUUGUUGAGGAAGAAACCAAAACCAAAGAAGAAGCUAAUGCUGAUCCUCCUAAAGAAGAAGCUAAGGAUGACAAGGUUGAAGCCAAAACCGAAGCCCAAGCUCCAGAACCUGAGAAGAAGGUGAAAACAGAAGAAGCAGCCUCAGAGGAGCAAGUGAACACAGAAGGAGAAGCAGGUCCAGCUGAGAAGAGUGAAUA